GGUGUAUACUAUCUGCCAUCUUGGUUCACAUACUUCGGGAGUACCCUAAUUUUAGCGAUUGCUUGAGACAGACAGAAUAUGACAAAUAAGUUAUUUGCAAAACAAGGAGCUAUAGAAAGUUAGACAUCGAAAGAGAAUUAUUCACAAAACGCAUGCAAGUUUAAAAAUAACAAUUUGCGCAGUCACUGCCAGUUGAUUUUGAUUGCAUAUAUCUGAUCAAUUAUAAGUAUUGUAUAACUAAAUUGUUUUACAGCUUGUUUGAUCAGUUACAAGGGGAAUGCUGCAGGGGAGAGAGGGAUGCUUGUUUGUUUAGUGUUGUUUAACUUGGUGUACGCUCACUUUAUUAACAUAGUACCUCAGUUCGUUAACCAUCAAAUAUACUGGUAACAAAAAAAUUAUAUCACCGUAGUUUGCAGAUAGCAAGUACGCAAAUGGCUUCUUUUCGUCGGUUUACGAGUCCAAGUCAAGUAUGAGAACAGCUAACCCUUUAAUUAAGUAUAUGCAUAGGUUCAGAUAAUGGAGGAAACUAAAGCAAAUGAUACAAAUCACCGCUAGUUCCCGAACUUAUAAUAGAACUAAAAUAAGAAAAAUCGGAAUAAAAUUAUGGCCUAACCCUAAAAUAGUACACAAACUACGUUCCAGUGUUCGCCAUCUUGGUUGACAUACUUUGAGAGCAAAAUUUAACCUACGGUAUGUCAUUGAAUUCCAGGUUGUAACUCCAUUCAACAAUGUCUUCAAAUAACAUUACAUACAGGAUUCUUGAUUCAAAUGACUCCAAUGAUGUCAUGAGUUUGCUUAUAACUGACUACAUUACACAAGAGCCAGAAAGCAUAAAGUUGGGCAUGACUGAAGAGAUUUUGCGAAAAUAUUUGAACACACGCUUGAUAAAAUAUUUAUCAGCAAAGGCUUCUGUUGGGGCAUUUGACAGCAAUUCUAGCUGUUUGAUUGGGGUAGCAGUAGGUUAUACUGGAGGAAAAGAAGAAAAAUCAAUGAACUCAGACGCAAGCAUGAUUCCAGUUUAUGUACGCCAAGCUGAAGCGGUCAGGAAACAACUUAUUGGUGGAACUAAGGAGGAAUGUCUAGGCACUCUGAAGUUUCUACAUUUGUAUAUUUUAUGUGUAAAAAAUGAAUAUGCAGGACAUGGUAUUGCAGCUGAAAUGUGCAAAAGAAUGCAAAAAAUUGCAAUAAGUCAAAAUUGUGAGAAAUUAUCGGCUAUUGCAACAAAUCAUUAUGCCCAGAGAAUCUUUAAAAUCCUUGGAUUCGACUUCAUUAAAUCAAUUUCCUAUGAGGAUUACAUCGACCCAGUAACUGGCAACAAGAUAUUUAAAGACAUGCCCAAGCCUCAUGAAAAAAUGGUUUUUGCCGUGAAAACACUUUGAUUAUAGAACAAUGAGAGUUCACUGAGUCGUUUCUAAUCGUUUUAAAAUAUUAUAUGACAUAAAAUUAUUGUAUUCAAAUGUGAAAUUAAACAGGAAAUUAUUUCGUUCCAGAAAUUAUUAUUAAAUCAAAUUUACUGUG